AUGGCUGGACUGCGGAAGGUGCUAACCUUCUUGCUGCUAGCAGGCGCGCGUGGUGCUGUUGAUGUGCCAGCGCGGAACCUCCAAGAUUCGGGAAGUCCGAAUGGCCUGAUUGAUGCGAACUGCAUAAUCAAAUGCCCAGGGGCCAUGACCAUGCUCCUGGACUUGCAGUCCUUCUUUCCAAAAGAUGUAAGCUGGCAAGAUCUUUUGGGUGGUGCUGUCAUGGAUCUCGUAGGGGUGCUUUUCCAGGCCAUGUGCAAGCACACAAGCGUGAUGACGUGCAUGGCCACACAGUGUGUGCCCGAAAAUGCAACCACCACUGUCAACGACAUGAAUAUCAGCUUCGAUUCUCUGGCGCAAUUCAUGCCCUGUAUUUGCGAUGCGUGCCCGGGUAUCCAGACGCUGUUGGCUAGCAUGGCAUCGGUUGCUCCCACGUUGCAGAACUUAACGUCA